CUCAAUUGCACCCUUCUCUCUCUUCUCUAUUUGCUUGGGGGGUCAUAGGAACCCAGUUGCUUCCCUUUUUCCGGAAAUAAAAAUCUACCAAUUCCUAAAUAUGUUUUCAGAAAAACAGGGUUAACAAAAAGCACUUCACAAUUCAAACAUCUUCAAGUUGUUCAUUCUAGGAGUUAUAACAAAUCAAAAACCAAAGGAAUUGAAGGAACCCUCAUAACAAAACAGCUUAUAGUCUCCUCCACUGUUCUUUUACCCUACCCUUCAAUUCCCACACACACCCUCUCUCUGUCCUAUAAUAUUAUCAUAACCAUUCCAUCUUCCUUCAAACUUCAAACUCUCUCUCUUUCUCUCUCUCUAUGAACCAUAGUUUAAUUCUUCCUUGCUCAAAUCUCAUCCAAGUUUUUUUUAUUUCUUUUUUCUUUAUAAAUCAUUCUUCCUUCUAUUUACUUCUUCUCUUGUCAGGAUUUUUUAUGGGAUAAGACUUUUAAUUUGUUGUUGUUUUUACUGCUUCUUUAUGCUUAGAUUUCACUCUCCUUCUUGUAUCAUAAUCCCCAAUAUAUAGUGAGAUUGAAGAUCCAAUCUAACUAGCCAAUUAACCAUGAAUUCUCUUCAAGAAUUUGAAUCAUCACCAAACCAGGACAACAAAGGCAUCAGCACAACCAUCACCAACAUAGCAGGGAGCAGCUCCAAUUUGAUGAUGACUAUGUCUUCAUCAGCCUCAUCAUCAUCAUCAACAACAGCAGCAACAUCAUCACCACCAUCAACAACUCCGAGCCGCUACGAGAACCAGAAGCGAAGAGACUGGAACACGUUUGGCCAGUACCUUAGAAACCAUAGACCGCCACUGUCGCUCUCACGCUGCAGCGGCGCUCAUGUGCUUGAGUUCCUAAGGUACCUUGACCAAUUCGGGAAGACAAAGGUUCACACACAUGUUUGUCCAUUCUUCGGACACCCGAACCCCCCUGCACCGUGUCCAUGUCCCCUGCGCCAAGCGUGGGGGAGCUUGGACGCGCUGAUAGGGAGGCUCAGGGCUGCGUUUGAAGAGAAUGGAGGGAAGCCGGAGGCGAACCCUUUCGGUGCUCGAGCGGUGAGGCUCUACCUUCGUGAAGUGCGUGACUCACAAGCUAAAGCCAGGGGAAUCAGCUACGAGAAAAAGAAGCGCAAGCGUCCACCUCACCCACCACCACCUCCUGCGGCGUUGCCACCAUCAAAUGGAGCAAGAGCAACUCACUAGUAAGUAGUAGUGAUCUGAGAUGGGGUUACUGCAAUGUAAGAUAUGCUCUGUGGAACUUGAAUCAAAAACAUGCAAUGGAACCUGCAGUUACUGGUAGAAGAAGCAGUGAUAGAGUAAUUUGAAGAAGAAGAAGAGGGUACUACAAUUGUGUUACCUAUUAUUCACCGUCAAAUUUGUAAUAAAUAUGUGUGUGUACUUGAAGGUGGGUCAUUUAUGACGAUUAAUGGAUUUUGCAGAUCAUGUUCCAUUCCAUGUCUUCAUUGGAUGCGGUAAAUGCAAUUUCUAAUUUCUUGUGUAUUCUUUUUUUACCCCUUUUUAAUUACUUGUAACGUCUAGCACCUAAUCAUCCACUGGUUUGGUUUAUGUUCAAUCAAGCUAGCUAGCUAGCUUUUAUUCACUA